AUGGCGCAACUCGACACUCUUGAUCUAAUUGUCCUCGCCGUCCUCCUGGCCGGCACUGUGGCAUACUUCACUAAAGGAACAUACUGGGGAAUACCGAAAGAUCCCUACGCGGUAGCUUAUUCCUCAGCCAAUGGCGCGAAAGCAGGCAAGACGAGAAACAUACUGGAGAAGAUGGACGAGUCGGAAAAGAACUGUGUUGUGUUCUAUGGCUCCCAAACGGGCACGGCAGAAGAUUAUGCUUCGAGGUUAUCCAAAGAGGGAUCCCAAAGAUUUGGCCUCAAAACCAUGGUUGCGGAUCUGGAAGACUACGAUUACGAGAACUUCGACACUUUUCCCAACGAUAAGCUAGCAGUGUUUGUCCUUGCCACGUACGGCGAAGGCGAACCCACAGACAACGCCGUGGACUUUUACGAAUUCGUGAUCAAAGAAGAUGUGUCCUUCAGCAAUGGGGGUGGCGUGGACGAAAAGCCGCUGCAAAAUCUGAAAUUUGUCGCCUUUGGGCUUGGGAAUAAUACAUAUGAACACUACAAUUCCAUGGUCCGCAGAGUCAACGAUGCUCUGGUCAAGCUUGGGGCUUCUAGAAUCGGUACAGCUGGAGAAGGCGAUGACGGUGCGGGUACAAUGGAGGAAGACUUCCUUGCUUGGAAAGAACCUAUGUGGACCGAGCUAUCCGAGAAGAUGGGUCUUGAAGAGCGAGAAGCGGUCUAUGAGCCUGUAUUCAGCAUCACUGAGAGGGAUGACCUGGAUGCGAACGCAGAUGAGGUAUACCUGGGCGAGCCGAACAAACAUCACCUCGAAGGCAGCCAGAAAGGCCCCUACAAUUCCCACAACCCAUAUAUUGCGCCUAUUGCGGAAUCCAGGGAGGUCUUCACCGUCAAAGAUCGAAACUGUCUACACAUGGAGAUCGACAUUAAGGGUUCAAACCUGACCUACCAGACUGGCGAUCAUAUAGCCGUAUGGCCUACCAAUGCAGGCGUAGAGGUUGAUAGGAUGAUCAACGUUCUUGGGCUCUCGGAAAAGCGUCACUGCGUCAUCAGUGUCAAGGGCCUCGAUCCCACAGCCAAAGUACCCUUCCCUACACCUACAACGUACGACGCAGCAAUCCGCUACCACAUGGAAAUAUGCGGUGCCGCCUCUCGGCAAUUCGUCUCCUCUCUCGCCCCCUUCGCGCCAAACGAACAGACAAAAGCAGAAAUGACGAGGCUCGGCAAUGACAAAGAUUACUUCUCGGACAAAGUGUCGUCUCAAUACCUAAACAUUGCACAAGUGCUUGAGAAAGUAGACAGUGUCAACAAGUGGAGCAACAUACCUUUCUCCAUCAUGAUCGAAGGCAUCCACAAAAUUCAACCACGCUAUUAUUCCAUUUCCUCUUCGUCGUUGGUUCAAAAAGACAAGAUUUCCAUUACCGCCGUCGUUGAGACGAUCCGCGUUCCAGGAUCCGAGAACAUUGUCAAAGGCGUUACCACAAAUUACCUGCUAGCUCUCAAACAGAAGCAACAUGGUGAUCCGAAUCCUGAUCCGCAUGGCUUGACAUAUGCCAUCACUGGCCCAAGAAACAAGUACAAUGGCUGCCACGUCCCCGUCCACGUCCGUCACUCGAACUUCAAACUCCCAUCGGACCCAUCAAAGCCGAUAAUAAUGAUUGGCCCUGGCUCCGGCGUUGCACCUUUCCGGGGGUUCAUUCAGGAGAGGGCUGCUCAAGCGGAGGCGGGUGAAAAGGUUGGCCAGACGAUCUUGUUCUAUGGGUGCAGGAAAAGUUCUGAAGACUUCCUCUACAAGGAAGAGUGGGAGCACUACAAACAAGCUCUUGGCUCGUCGUUCACACUCAUCACGGCUUUCUCCCGCGAACAGAGAGAAAAGGUCUACGUACAACAGCGUCUGCAGGAGAAUGCCGCUCUCGUCAAUCAGCUGCUGGAGAAGGAAAAGGGAAACUUUUACGUUUGUGGAGACGCAUCUAAUAUGGCCAGAGCGGUCAGUGAUGUGUUGGGGAAAAUUGUCAGUGACCAAAGAGGGGUGAGCAUUGAAAAAGGAGAAGAGAUUGUGAAAAUGAUGAGGAGUAGUAAUCAGUAUCAGGAGGAUGUGUGGUCGUAG